AUGCAGCUCACGCCGCUACUAUGCCUGUGCGCCGCGGGUGUGACCCUGCUGGAGAGGACGGCGUCCGCUGCUCCGGACUCAGCCGCCAGUCAGCCCGCAGCUGCCCACAUCGUCAGGGACGUCUCGGAGGCGUGUGCCGAGGCUGCGCGCGGUGAGAUUGAGCGGCAGCUGAUCGCAGCGCGAAACCAGAGCCUGGCAGACACGAGCUCAGCGCAGCAGCAGACCGUGCAGGAGACCCUCGCUGCUCUCCAGAGAAUCCUGCAGGAGAUCUGGAGCAGCCGGACGCCGGAAGACGGCGAGUGUCCGUUCGGCUGGAGUCGUCAUCAGAACAGGUGCUACUUCGUCACCCUGCAGAAGACCACCUGGUACCUGGCGCACCGCUCUUGCGCCAGUCUGCAGCGGCGGGCCCGGCUGGCGUCGGUGCACCUCGAGUCCAGUGAGUUCAUCGACGCUCUGCUUCAGGACGCGCCUGACGUGUGGGUGGGCCUGGUUCGUCUGAACGAUGACGGGGAGUUCGUGUGGAGCGACAACUCAGCCCUGGACUACACCAACUGGUUAGAGGAUCAGCCCAACAACUACGACGGAGAACAGGACUGUGUCCUUCUGGAAGGGAGCGGGCAUAAGUGGAAUGAUAGGAAGUGUGAUUUGCAGCAGUAUGCCUUGUGCCAGCUUGAUUAA